CCAAAAUAGAUAGUUUAGCUGCAGUUCGAUUUUUGGUGGCGGUCAUGAAGCAGUUCCGCAACAAGGCCAACUCCUUGCCCAUCUUCAAUGGUCGCAUAACAGACACCACUACGCUGACCACCACCUCACUCCAGCUGCCUCUGGCUGGGGCUCAAAAAAAGUGCGGCGCUCGCAAGCUAGCUACUCGGGUACUGCCCUCAGUGUUCACCAUAACAGACGGACAAACUACGGCAGCUGCACCGAGCACAUCUCUUGCAGAGGCCAUGUCUAGCAGCCAUUUGUCGCCGCAGUCGCCGGAGCAACAGUCAGAGCUUCAGCAGCUGUCUGUGCCCAAAGAAGCGCUCAACAUAGCCGGCACGGAGUUGGCCAACUAUGAGAAGGUGCGCGUCGUAGGUCAGGGCUCCUUUGGCAUUGCCAUUCUCUACAGACGCAAGUUCGAUGGCCAUCACAUCGUGUUCAAACAGAUCAAUCUGAGUGAAUUAUCGCCCCCGGGUCGCGAUCUGGCCAUGAACGAGGUGGAGGUCUUCUCGAAGCUACAUCAUCCCAACAUUGUCAGCUAUCUGGGCAGCUUCAUCAAAGACAACACGUUGCUCAUUGAAAUGGAGUACGCCGAUGGUGGCACCUUGGCUCACAUAAUUGCUGAGCGUCAGGGAAAGCAACACUUCCCAGAGCGCUACAUCAUUGCUGUAUUUGAGCAGAUCUCCAGCGCCAUCAACUACAUGCACUCGGAGAACAUACUGCAUCGUGAUCUUAAAACGGCCAAUGUUUUCCUCAACAAGCGUGGCAUCGUCAAGAUCGGUGACUUUGGCAUCUCCAAGAUCAUGAACACCAAGAUACAUGCACAGACUGUGUUGGGUACGCCUUACUACUUCAGUCCCGAAAUGUGUGAGGGCAAGGAGUACGACAACAAGAGCGACAUCUGGGCAUUGGGAUGCAUUCUGGGUGAGUUGUGCUGUCUUAAGAAGACCUUUGCCGCCUCCAAUCUAUCCGAGCUGGUUACCAAGAUCAUGGCCGGUUCCUACACCCCGGUGCCUAAUGGCUACACCUCGGGUCUGCGCAGCCUAAUGGCCAAUCUGCUUCAGGUGGAAGCCUCUCGACGUCCUACGGCGUCUGAGGUGCUGGUGUAUUGGAUACCGCUGAUCUUUCGCAGUCUAGGCAAAAACAAGGGCUAUUCAUAUGAGGACGGUCUCGGUGGCAAUGCCAGUCUGCUCUCGGCUCCCACCUCGCUCUUCACUAGCUGUAGUAAUUUGGCCAUGGAGCUGCCCACAGCCCAAACCGAGACCAGGAAACUGAUGAGCGCUGAGACUGUGGCACCCAAUGAGAUCAUUGAGAAGCGUUCUGUGCUCUACCAGCUUAAGUCCUUUGGCAACAGCUUCAGCAUGAGUCCGAUUCAGCUGCCGCCUAAGGCAGUCAUCGUCUGCGUCACCAUGAGCGAGUCUCACUUUGUAGUCAUCAACGAUGAUGGAUCCGCUUACGCCUGGGGCGAAGGAAUCCACGGCCAGCUGGGCCUAACCUCACUGGAAACCUGGAAGCACUAUCCGGGAUUGGUGCAGAGUGUGCGGAACUAUCAUCUGGUUAGCGCAUGUGCUGGCGAAGGCUUCACUGUUUUCCUCACGCAGUCGGGCAAUCUGCUGAGCUGCGGCAGUAACAUGCAUUAUGCCUUGGGCCACGAGGAGCAGAAGAACUACUACAGUCCCAAGUUGGUGGCCAAGUUGGCUGAUGUCCGCAUUGAACAGAUUGCCGCUGGACUACAUCAUGUCAUCGCUCUGAGCCGCGAGGGCGCCGUCUAUGUCUGGGGCACCAGUAUUCAUGGUGCUCUCGGUCUGGGUAACUAUCAGCAACAGCUAAAGCACCCGCAGAAGGUGCUGCUGUCCCAUGUGAAGAGCAAGCCCUUAAGGAUCUACUGCGGGCCGGACACUUCUGCUGUGCUUUUUACUAAUGGGGAACUGCACGCCUGUGGUAACAACAACUACAACAAGCUGGGUUUCAGCCGUCCCGCUAAGAUCACAGCAUUCAAAAAGAUUCAACUGCCCCACAAGGUACUGAAAGCCAGUUUCUCGUCCAGCCACUCUGUGUUUCUCGUCGAGGGAGGUUACGUCUACACCAUGGGCAGAAAUAAGGAAGGUCAGCGUGGCAUACGGCACUGCAAUGCCGUGGAGCAGCCGACUCUCGUGGAAUCCAUGCGUGCGCGCUAUAUUGUGAAUGCCAACUGCAAUGAUCAGUGCACCAUUGUAGCCUCCGAGGACAAUAUCAUCACGGUGUGGGGCACUCGCAAUGGACUGCCCGAGAUCGGGUCUAGCAACAGCGGUCUAGGGCUUGAGGUCUGCACACCGAAUGCGGAGCUGGAACUGGGCAACAACACGGCUGCCUUCACCAACUUCUUGGCCUCCGUCUACAAGUCCGAGCUGAUUACAGAGCCCAUCGACAUUUUGGCUUUGUACUCCUCCAAGGAUCAAUGCGAACGUGGCUACUAUGUCCAGGUGACGGAUAUCUUUCCCCUAGCCCACAGCGUGCUUGUCAUGGUGGACACCACCACGCCGCUUAUUUCCUCUUACGAGGGAUAAUUCCCCGCAUAA